AUGCUUCAACCAUCAAUGGCUUCUAUCCCAGAAGCUCGUGAAGAGUACUUGGGCUCCUCAUUGAUAGAGCGUACAAGCAGAUUACAAUCUUUCAAUGAUUUAGGUGCAGCAGAUUUAUGUAAUAUUUAUAAGGAAUCAGUAACAUCGAAGAAGAAUGCAGAAAUUGGAACUUUUUUGUAUUUCACUGGUGUUGAUACUUCCAAUGCUGCAUCUAUUGCUGCUCAUUUACAGAGUUUGGCCACGUUGAUAACAGCAAAAGCUCAAUAUUGGUUUGGUGAAAAAAAACACUGGAAAGUUCCUCAGAUAAGCUAUUGCAGUUAUAAUGCGUUUUCCAAAGUUGAUAUGAGAGUCACGGUUCAUAUCCCUGGUAAAAUUGAAAGCUCAGUUGUAAGUGCUGAUGGGAAACUAGUCCUGGAUAAAUUGAGUAAAGAUGAAUUAGAAGCGUUCUGGCAAGAAACUUAUGUCAGUGGUUUGGUACGAAGUCUUUUGGAUACUGAAGAUGAUGACGUUUCUCGUUUAGGUGGUCUUGUGGAAGUAAGAAAAUUGAACCCUUUUUCCAUUAGUCCACAUACAGUUAUUGAUUCUUUUGUCACUGGUUUUGAAAAGUUAUUUUUUGAUGGCCCUAAACUUGGAUGUUGUGUUGAAAUUCCCCAACCCACAUACGUUAAUAACUACUUGGUUGAUGCGUUCUUGAAAUUGGUUAAAUUAGUUAAAAACUAUGAUGAAGCACUCGAAGUCCUUGAAAGAUUAAGAGAAAAGGAACCAACAGUGGUUUCAAUAAUGGCCAAAGUAUAUCUUAUGAAAGAUGAAGAAAUCAAGGCUAUUGACCUUGUAUACGAUGCAGUUCAAAAAGAUAAAAGAGACGCCAAUCUUUUAUUGAUACAAGCUCAAUUCUGUGUUGACAAGGGAAGAAAUGACUUGGCACUUGAAUUGGCCAAGCAAGCAGUGAAGUCCUCACCGUCAGAUUUUGUUUCGUGGGCCAUGCUCGUUAAAGUUUAUACUAAUCUUCGUGAUUACGAAAACGCGUUGCUUACAUUGAACUCAUGCCCUAUGAACUCUCAUAAGGAAAAUUUUGCACUUAAGAGGGUUGUUCCUUUGAGAGGAGGUGGAGAAGAUUUACAUUUGCCCUCUCCUAUUGAUGUGACGAUGGAAGAAGUUUCCAGUUUGCAGAAUGAUGAGCUAGCUUACGAACAACGUAACUUGGACCCUCAAUUGGCCAGUUUACCAGCAUCAAAUUUGAAGUCUACUUUUGCCAUGGCCUAUGAAUUAUUGACAGAUAUAGUCAACAAAACAGGUUGGGAAACAUUAUUAAAAUACAGAGCAAAAGUAUUUGUGAUGGAGGAAGAGUACAGAAAGGAUAAGAUCAACAAUAGCAAGCAAAAUCUUUCUAAGGCAAGAAAGGAUUCAAUAAACUCCGUACAAAAUGGAGGCGAAGAUAAUGCAUCCACUAUUGCAGUGAAAUCACCACUGAGAGACAAUCAAAACACUGAAAUAAAUGGAGAAGGUACCGAGAAUGGUGAAACUUCCAACAUGAAUCCUGGUGAAACUGUUCCCACUGAUGUUGCAAAUGAAUCUGAAACUGUAGAGGUAUUAUCUGAUGGAGAGACAGAAGUGAACCUCACCCAAGCCAAUGGUGAUUUUAAAGCGAAACGUUUAUGUGAAAGAUGGUUGGACAAUUUGUUUAUGUUAUUGUACGAAGAUUUGAGGGCUUAUACUGUUUGGCAAGCUGAGUAUGUUCAUUUCAAGGCACAGCAAAUGGAAUUUAAGAAGACUACUUUAGAAUGGGAAUUGUUGGGUCAACUUGCAUUUAGAUUGAAGCAUUUCAAGGAAGGUUCAGUGGCAUUUUCCAAUGCCUUGAAGGGAAGGUUUUCAGCCCGUUCCCAAAAGGAAAUGUUGACUUGCUAUAUUAAAGAGAGAUCACGUAUAUUGGCUCGUAACAGUACCAGCACAAAUAUUGUUGCUAACUACAACAAGGCUCUUAACCUGCUUAACGACAAAAUCCUAGAAUGUUGUGUUAAACUUCUUGUUUGGAAUCACCGUUGGUAUUGUGACUUUUCAUACAACUUACUUGAUACGUUAAGUGAUUUGGUAGAAAAAGAGGGAUUACUUCGGGUCAAGACUUCUGUUCAAGCUCAAUAUUCCGAUGCACCUUCCAAUCACAAUUCUUCUUCUUCAUCAUCAACUUCAAACUCAAGCAAUCAUGGUAUAAUCAACUUGAUGGAUCAAUUUUAUGAUUUCCUCGGAGAAAUCAAUGGUGAGAACAUUGAACAAUCAACCAUCAAUACGAGUAACCCUUCAUUGAAUGAUCAAAGAGCUCACUAG